AUGGAAUCAAAUAACGAUUCAUUACCAUUAUUAUCUGACAUUAAUGAACGUUUUCGACGUGUACGUGAACUUGGUUCAGGCACUUACGGGCGCGUUCUUCUAGCUUUUGACCGUGACCUACAACAACGUUGCGCUUUAAAAAUUCUACCUAAAUCAACGACGAAAUAUCGUGAUUUUCAACGUGAAUACAAUUAUUCCUUAUUAUUGUCUCCACAUCGUUCCAUAAUCAGCACAUAUGAAGAUCGAUGUUAUCAGACAACGGAUGCAUUUGUUAUAGUACAGGAAUAUGCGCCACUGGGUGAUCUAUUCGAAUCAAUACCCCCGCAACGUGGGCUACCUGAAAAAGCAGUGAAAACUAUCAUGAAACAAGUUGCAUCGGCAUUAGAAUUCAUGCAUGAUAAGGGAUUAGUUCAUCGUGACGUAAAACCAGAAAAUGUCAUGAUAUUUGAUGCAGAUUUUCACAAAGUAAAAUUAAUUGACUUCGGUAUGACGAGGAAAUGUGGUUCAUAUGUUCGACGUCUUGUUGGAAGUAUACCGUAUUCACCUCCAGAGGUCUGUACUGCAAUAAAUAACGACAUACUUGUUUCAACUACCAUGGAUGUUUGGGCUUUUGGCGUACUUUUAUUUUGCUGCUUAACUGGCAAUUUUCCUUGGGAGCAUGCUCAAGAAUCGGAUGUUUACUAUAAUGAAUAUUUACAAUGGCAUAGGAGACAACAAGUACAACGUCGUUGUAAAUUGCCGUCACAAUGGUACAGAUUUACGGGUCGUUUGAUGAAAUUAUUCACAAAAAUGCUUGAUAUUGACGCAACGAAACGAUGUGAAAUCACUGAAAUUGGAAGAUACUACGAUGAUCGAUGGGUCCAUGAGAAUAGCUAUCGUCGACGUUCGUCAAACGAGGAUGAAGGCGUGGAAGAAGAUUUUUCAUCUUCAGGAAGCGGCGUGGAAACAAAUGUAAUAACAACAGGUUCGUCGAGUAACAAUGAUUUUGAAGAAUUAACACAAAUGAUGAGAAAUUCUUUAACAACGUUCGAUAAAUUACCAUCGAUGGACAGUCAACAAACGAUAACAUCAACGCAAUUCACUUGA